AUGGCAUCAACGCUAGCAGCAUCACUAGCAAAGACAGCAUCACUAGCAAAGGCAGCAUCACUAGCAAAGGCAGCAUCACAAGCAAAGGCAGCAUCACUAGCAAAGGUAGCAUCACUAGCAAAGGCAUCAUCACUAGCAAAAGUAGCAUCACUAGCAAAGGCAGCAUCACUAGCAAAGGCAGCAUCACUAGCAAAGGUAGCAUCACUAGCAAAGGCAGCAUCACUAGCAAAAGUAGCAUCACUAGCAAAGGCAGCAUCACUAGCAAAGGUAGCAUCACUAGCAAAGGCAGCAUCACUAGCAAAGGCAGCAUCACUAGCAAAGGCAUCAUCACUAGCAAAGGCAGCAUCACUAGCAAAGGCAGCAUCACUAGCAAAGGCAGCAUCACUAGCAAAGGUAGCAUCACUAGCAAAGGCAGCAUCACUAGCAAAAGCAGCAUCAACACCACAACACGUCUACCUGGACCCAGUGAAUAAGUCACAGUUAAAAAACUAUUCAACCAAGAACGAAAGAAAAAAGACGUCAAGAAAAAUCUUGCACGAUACGUACGUCUGGUUCCACGCACUCUUGGUUCUACUCUUGGUUCCACGCACUCCUGGUCCCACUCCUGGUUCCACUCCUGGUUCCACUCCUGGUUCCUCUCCAGGUUCCACUCCAGGUUCCACUCCUGGUUCUACUCCAGGUUCCACUCCUGGUUCCACUCCUGGUUCUACUCCUGGUUCCACUCCUGGUUCUACUCCAGGUUCCACUCCUGGUUCCACUCCUGGUUCGUCGCACUCUGAGGUGUCAAGUCUUGGUCAUGGUUGA